AUGCGGCGGACGAGCAAUGCCUUCCGCAAGCUCUUCGGCAUGCCCGUCAUGAAGCUCGACAAGGAGGCGGGGAAGCUGAACAGCGGCCGCGUCGCGCCGGACACGACGCCCAUGGAGGACCUGGACAUGGUCGACGGCGUCGACGUCGAGGACGCGCUCAAGAUCUUCGAGGUGCCGGCCCUCAAGGCCAUCUCGGAGAACGACCGGCGCCAGAUCCUCGUGCGGCUCCACCCCGUGGUCUUCGCCAAGGACGCGCCGCUCAUCGAGCAGGGCACGCCCGCGACGGACGCGUCGAAGCUCACCUUUUUAACGUCGGGCAAGAUCUACGUCAUGGUCGGCGAGCUCAAGGUCACGGAGCUCAAGGCCCCGCUCUACGUCGGCGAGGGCGGCGUCUUCACGGAGAAGGAGGCGUCCGCGUCCGUCCUCGCCUUCGAGGACUGCCGGGGCUACCAACUCGCGAAAGCCGACUGCAAGCAGCUCUACGCGUCCAACUGCCGCGCCGUCAAGCUCAUCGAGCGCGACAUGCUCAUCCGCGCCCUCGAGCGCGAGAUCCAGCGCUGCGAGCCGCGCAUGUUCGGCGAGGUGCGCCACGAGGGCCUCUUCAUGUCCGCGAUCCUCGACGCGGCCGUGCGGACCUACAGCAGCGAGGCGCUCCAGUUCGUGCUCGCCGUCGAGGAGCUGAAGAAGCUCGUGUCGAACAAGGACAGCGACAUGCUGUUGGCCAUCCGGCCGACGAUCCUCGAGGACGUCGAGCACCUCUACACGACGCACCUCCUCGAGGCCGCGCCGGAGAACGGCAACCUCGGCGUGUCCCUGGAGAUCAACCUCGACGCGCCGAGCCGGAAGCGGCUCUACGAGGGCCGCGACGACAUCAUCGCCCGGGGCAAGGAGGAGCCCCUCGCGUACGCGGAUUUCGCGUCGCUCUUCGACAAGGAAUACAAGAAGAACGUCGGCGAGAUCCGCCGCGGCACGAUCCCGCGCUUCCUCAAGUCGCCCGAGUACGAGGAGUUCAAAACGGCCAUGUACCCCCUCCCCGCCGACGACGCCAAGUACGAGCAGACCGCGUCCUACUCGAACUGGAUCGUCAAGCAGAAGCUCCGGGGGUCCAAGAGCCUCGACACGCCCCCGGGCGCCGGCCGCAUGGUCAAGACGAACGGCGCCGCGUCCAACGGCGACCUCGUCAAGCCCACGAACGGCGCCAACGGCUCCGUCGCGCCCGCCAACGGCGCCGGCGGCGCGCCCGUCGAGGCGUGA